AUGGAGCACCAGCUCCUUGAUCCUGCUGCGCUGCUGCGGAACUGGUUACAAGACAAGGAGACCCAUCCUUCCCCCACCCCAGCCCUGUGCCCGGACCUGCAACACCAAAAAUCCACCCAACCCACGGCGACCACAACGGCCAAGGCUCCAUCCUGCUUCGCUCCCGACUCCAACAAAGAGCCUCUUCAUUUGGUUCUGGCCUUUUGUGCUGGGGUUCUACUCACACUGCUGCUAAUGGCCCUUGUCUUCCUCAUCAUAAAGAGCUACAGGAAAUGUCACUCCAGUUCCCAAGUCCUGGAUCCGCCAGUGAAGCUCUCAGCCACCUCACAGGACUCGCUGACCUAUGCCACCAUGGCUUUCAGAACCUCAGCAGCAAAGAGCAGCCGGGUGACUGACGGCCAUUUGGCAGACCAGGACCCCGUUGUCUACGCUCAAAUUAAAGAGGUGAACUAG